CGUUUCUCCCUCCUCCCUUCUGGCUCUGAACCAGACGUCCCGACCAAAAUCCCUCCCAUUGCAGGGCGGGACCUCACUGUACCCAAAAGACACAUUUAAUAUUAAUGAAGUAGCGAAUUGGCUCCAACUCGCGUCAGUCCCGCUGCGCGACUUCAGGAGGCUGGCGGACUUCCUUCAACAUUAUUUCUGGGUAACUGGGUAAAAGUAGCCCCAAAAUGUUGCCCAGCUACUGCGCGGGGACUGGCUGAAUGGAGGCAGCCCUGUCAUCGUGCGGAGAUCGUGAAUUACUGGGCCAAAAGACAGCAACACACGCACCGUGUCAGAGCGGCGUGUUGAGUUCUCCGUAGACGUCCAGCCCUCGGCCUCCCCAUGCCUCCAUCUCCCCUUGACGACAGAAUUGUGGUGGCGCUGCCAAGGCCGAUCCGACCUCAGGAACUCCAACUGCGACUGGACACCAGCUACCUGGACUCCAUCGCCUCCACCAGCAGCGACGAGACGGUCAUCAGCGCCACCGUGGUGAAGAUUCGGGCGACGGCCAAUCUUGUGACGUAUAUGCCCUCAUCCAAGGGUUCCACGCGAUCCUUGUCGUGUGGAUGUAGCAGUGCAAGCUGCUGUUCUGUCACCACCUAUGAGAAGGACAGCCCUAGCCUGAACCAGAGUCAGGUGAGCGCCAGUAGCCCCAACCUCAGCUAUGCCGGACCCUCUAUGUUCAGCAACCACGAUACAUUAAGCGCCUCCAGCCUCGCCCAGGGCGUACCUAAGGCGCACCCGUCCACCACUGUGAGAAUCAUUCACCCCAAUGAGUUGGCAAAGCGGAUGACCUGCUGCCCCAUGGGUCACCCCAUUGGGCCCGUGCCGGUCAUCAUCGACUGCCGGGCCUUCACGGAGUACAACAAAAGCCACAUCCGGGGGGCUGUGCACAUCAACUGCUCUGACAAGAUCAGUCGGCGGAGGCUGCAGCAGGGAAAGAUCACUGUGCUGGACCUCAUCUCUUGCCGGGAGGGCAAGGACUCAUUUAAGGGCAUCUUCUCCAAAGAAAUUGUGGUCUACGAUGACACCACGGCGGACCCCAACAGGCUGGCGCCCUCGCAGCCUCUCAACGUGGUUCUGGAGUCUCUGAGGAGGGAGGGCAAAGACCCCAUCAUUCUCAAAGGAGGCCUUAACUGUUUCAGGCAGAGCCACGAGAACCUGUGCGAACACUCGCUGCAUCUUCACGAAAGUCUGGAAUCGGGCGCAGCUGCCGGCCUCUCGGGGGCGCUACCUCACACCCUGCCCUCCACUCCGGACAUCGAGAAUGCGGACGUGACGCCCGUUCUGCCCUUCCUUUACCUGGGCAACGAGCGCGACGCUCAGGACAUCAAUUUGCUGCAACACUUGAACGUCGGCUACAUCCUAAAUGUGACCACCCACUUACCACUUUUUCAUUACGACACGGGCCUGUUCAUCUACAAGCGUCUGCCCGCCACCGACAGCAACAAGCAGAACCUUCGCCAGUACUUUGAGGAGGCAUUUGAAUUUAUAGAGGAAGCACACCAAGCUGGUAUGGGCCUUCUGAUCCACUGCCAGGCUGGCGUCUCUCGCUCAGCCACCAUCGUCAUCGCGUACUUGAUGAAGCACACCUGGAUGACCAUGACGGAUGCCUACAAGUUUGUCAAAACCAGAAGGCCCAUCAUCUCCCCGAACCUCAAUUUCAUGGGCCAGCUGCUGGAAUUUGAGGAAGACCUCAACAACGGAAUCACGCCACGGAUCCUCACGCCAAAGCUCAUGGGUGUGGAGACUAUUGUCUAAACCGCUCGCAUAACCCGCUUGGUAUUGAGUUUGGAAUGUGAGUAAGCCACUCUUUUUUUAUUUCUUGAAUCUCCACGCCUGUGCUCCUCGUUGACUCUGCGGAGUGCCAAAGCUGUGGGUCAGCAAAGCUGUGGGUCAGAACUGAUGAGAAAUGCCAAAAUAUCCCUGCUGUUUGGACCUGGCCGACAUCCCGGAGGAGAGCACGAGUUGAGAUGUUGAGACAGAGGGAGAGAGAAUGUGCUCACUUGGAAGAGUUCCAUGUGGGACUGCAGAGGAGCAAGUGUGAGACAGAAGAAGUUCAUACUUCACACUGUGACACAUGUUGACGGGGGUGGGGAAUGGUGGUACCAGUCCGAAAAAAAAAAAAAAACAAGAAAAUAAACAGUUGAAGACAUGUCUGGUGUGUUAAUGUUCUAUUUUUAUACAGGGGUGUCAUUUACAAGCCCGCAAUGGCUUACUGUGCAAUAAUUUCUGAAUGGAAUGCAACAUUGAGCUUAUGUGUAUAUAUGGAAAACAUUUCCAGCUCUUUGCCGAAUACUGGUGUAAUAUAAUUAAUUUUGUGUGCAGUGCAUAUGUUUCGGGUACAAUACUUAUUGGAGAUGGGCUGUACAUUUUCUCAACUAUGGGGAAAUCAUCGUUUUAACAAAUGUUUUUAGUUGGACCGUAGAAUACCUGAAAGUUGUUUCAAUGUCAGAAUUGACAGUAUCGCCAGUGCCAUUCAUUUGUCAUCAAAUGAUUCAAAACAGCAAUUCAUUAUUAUGCCCAAUCGUCCAUCCCUAAUAGUAGCAGGAACAUACAGUACGUUAAGAGCAGUAGCUUUCAACUUUUGUCAUCCCGUGACCUGUAUUGUUCCAAAGUGGCAACUCACUUUUAGAGAAUUUAAGAAUCUAAAAGGACGUGCUAUUUAGAAAAACCCUCUAUAAAGCUGCUUUACUUUGUGUAUUUUGAAUAUUUAAAUGGCUCUUGAGGUGUUUGACCUACCACCAAAAGCAUAACAUUGUCAGCUAGCCAGAGGUUUUUUUUUUACUGAGUAAACGUGUGGCUAAGAAUGCAGGCACACGUCCAUUCCCUAACCUAGUAUGCUCUGUGUGGAGAUGCGGUAUGCCUCUUUACCGUACAGAAAAAGGCUAAGGCGGUGGUACCCACUACCAUGGCGUAAAAGGGGGAUUUUUUUUUUUUUUUUUUUUAAUUACAAGCCUCAUUCGAGUUUUUUUUUUUUUUUUUUUUUUAAUCUGACUAGUAUAAAUUUAGACACGCUGUUGACAAAUGAUAAUAUAGCAGUGGCAUCGUUUGUCUUCCAAUCUGAGAUAGAAAAUUGUUUAAUAUUCAAAUUUUGUGUGAAUAUUAUUUGAAAAAUGUGUGCAGCUGUAAUAUCUGUCCAAGGUAGCUUAUUUGGUGGUGCAAGGUGGAUAAUCACAAAUACAAAAAAAAAAACAAAAAAACAUUCUGUUUAUAGUAAUGCUGCAAAUGUCGAUUAUUUUUUGAAAAAAAACCCCACAUUUGUUAUUUUUUUAAAAAACUGGACUGACAUGUUUAAAUGAACAUGCAAACAUAGUAAUGGAACGUUUUAAGCUUUUAAGUCAAGAUACCACUCUACAUAAUUAUUCGUGUAAUUUUUUACUGUCUGUGAACCACCAACUUUUGGGUUCUGACCUAUCAAUUGCUAUUCACAUUACCAUUUUUGCCAAUAUCAACCAAAUCACACGCAUACUUAAAGGGAACCUCGGACUAAAAGACUUCUAGGGACUAAUAAGCCACAAUUGUUCUCUUUUAAUAAAAUAUUUUAUUAGAAACACAUGAAAUAUUGCCACUGAUUUAAAAAUCUAUAAUAUUUAGUACAUGGUUUGACCUACGGAGGGCGCGAUGUUUUAAGCGCGCAAUGGACGCCCGGGGUGAUGAAGUAGAUUUUCACUAGGGCUGAAGCUAUCGAUUAUUUUAGUAGUCGAUUAAUCGAUGAACUAGUUAGUUCGAAAAAUCGAUUAAUCGGAUAUGGAACAUAAAAAACUAAAAUACCUGAACUGAGCCUCAAACGGAAAAAAAAUAAAAAAAUAAAUGAGGAUCAAAGUACAACAAAAGAACAAUUGGCUAACUUGCAUAACAAACGUCCGCUAGCUUAAAUGCUAUAAUAUUCUAACCUUUUUAAAAAAUUUUUUCUUUUUAGAGUGCUCUUCACAAAUGAUUCAAACACAUAUUCCCACAAAAAAAAAAAAAAAAUGGCUAAAUAUACCAAUAAACUAAAUUACUAAUGCAUGAAAAAACAUUAGCUCAAACAAAAACUUAAAAGUGAGCAGCUAGAUUCAGCCAUGUGAAAUGAGUUAUGUCAUAUUCACUGUUUCCACUAAAGGGCAGUGUAUCCACCCAAAUCAAUAAAACUAAAUGCAAACACUUUAAAAACAAACCAUUACAAUGCCACUUUAAUUAAACUAAUACUCAAAAUUUAACUCGAAUCUUUUAUCUAAUCGAAUUACCGAGUUAAUUGAUCGUUGCAGCACUAAUUGUCACUGUCACUCGCCGAAUACUACCGGGUUACUGCAAUUCCUUCAACACGGCGAGACGUCCAACACAUGCGCUUAUUGGUUGAAAGCGGCGAGUACUAACAUUUGUGUUUUUAUUGAGUCUUUUAUUAACUUUUCAUUGCCUCAAAAUACUUUUUGCAUGUGUUUCCCUCUCAUACUUUUAAGCAUUGUGUUUUCUUGUGGUAGCUUUAAAGCAGAUUGUUAAUCUUUAGUAUGGUCUGUCUGUAUGCAUCUAAACAAAACAAGCUGAAUGCGCACGGUAGUACUUUGGGUGUCAUUUUGGCAGAACACCAGUGUUUUUUCCCUACUCUUAUCUCGUCCUGUCUUUCCUGUUCAUUUUGGUUUUGCUGGUCAUUUUGUGAAAUAUCGACAGCGCUGUCAUGCUCAUCAUAUUCCUCUUGGGUUCAAAUUGAAAGGGCUGAACAGAUAACAUGUUUGUCGCUAGAUUCAUACUCUCGCGUAACCUUUUGACAACAACAAUGGCGACCUACUUUUUAAACGAAAUUUACAAAAUGUAUAAAAACAAAAACAUCAAGAGGGGUUUCAAUAUCAAAUUAUUUUAACUCAUACUAACGUUUAUCUUUUAAGAACUACAAGUCUUUCUAUCCGUGGAUCCCUUUGAGAUAAAAAACAAACAAACAAACAAACAAACAAAAAAAAAAAAAAACACUGAACAGCAACAACACAAAACAGGGCUACUGGUGAUAUUAUAAUGUAACAGUACAGAUGAAUUUCACUGCCUUUUUCUUUUUUUUUUCCGUUCCUCUUCCUCUGUGCAUGCUAUAUUGUAACAAAUCCUAAGAAGUGUGUGGCUAUGUAGCCUUAUAUGUCUAGUAAUCCCUUUCAUGAUUAGCUCUGGUAAUACAUGGUAGCAAAGUUGCACACCUCAAAUGAAGGCUCUCUUCCCCAUCGAGUUUUGUGUGACCUUUCAACUCUUGACACUAAGUACAGCCAAGUGAGCAUUUCUGCUUCGUGUAGGCAGUGUCGCUUUCCCGUGCUGUUUCUAGUGCCUCGUUCAAUGCCUUAACUCUCGCCUCACCACCGGGCCUGCGCGCGCCAACAUCACCCGCAGACAAAUGCAAAGCUGUGAAGUCGUACCAGGGCCUUGAUUAAAAGCACCCCGCUGGCUUGCUGUCUGUGACACGGAAAAUGAUAUGUAUAAGCAUAAAUCAUGUAUUGCUAUGCAGGUUAAGAAAACAACAUUGAAACAGAGCCUGGUGAGAAUCUGAUUUUAUACAAAAGGGAGUGCUGUUUAAUUGGUAGAGAAGGGAUAUUUUGACAGUUACUUGAACACACUUUAUUUUUAAAGUAUGAAAACGAAACUGAACCACUUUUACUGCAAAUUAUAGGGAUAGGUUUUGCGGUAAAAUGACACUUUUGGCAGCUGUCUGCCAUGGCUUUGGUAUGUCACGCUGCAGAGUUUUGCAGACAGCCUUGCAAGGGCAAUUUCAUUUCUGUAUUCUAUUGUUAAUAUGCUGGGAUUUAAGAACAAAAUACAUGGAAAUGAUGGCAAAUUAGUUAUACUACUGGAUAUGAUGAAGAGGAUGAAUGAGUAUUUAACACAACUUCUUAGGCUUUAAUUCCCUAAAUCACAAGUGGCCAAGGUAUGAAUCAUUUGGAGCUAUUGUGAGUCACUGAGAUUAAAAAAAGAUAACCUAUAAAUGCAACAAUAUGCUAAAUAGUUUAAAAGAUGCUGUAAAAAUGCCCACAUACAAAGUUUACCCUCUGCCUACGUCUAGUAAAAUUUCACACUCGUUGACUCAUUGUGCAUAAUCUUUUACUUACUUCCUGCUUGUUUAAAGGUUAAGAUUGGUAAAGUAAAACUACAGAACACACUGACUAUCCUCUCAAAUGUUUUUUUUUCUUCUGUUCUCAUCCUUCCCCACUCUGUGUAAUUUAAUUUGCAUGAAAACCGAUGCAAAAAUAAAGCACAUGGGUGUACAGUGCUUUAACAAAUGUAUUAGACCAAUGGUAACAUAACAUCAUCUGAUUUUAUGUGGAUUCUUUCCAUUUCACUUGGCUAUUUUGAAGAUGAGAACGUUUAAAUGGAAUUCACUUAAUUGUACCCGAAAUUGUUCUCCCUUAGUGGUCAGUAAUAAAAUUUUUCAAAUGUUGUGUAAUGAUAAAAUAUCAUUUACAAAGUAGCUUUAAAAUCAUUUGCGUUUUCUCUAUAAUUGUGUAUCAAGCAUAAAAGAAAUCACUGUUCAUUUCGGGCGAGAAAUAUACAUCAGGUGCAAAAUUCAGUGAGAUGAUGUGAUGAAGAGUCACUUUAAAUUCCGUAUUUCCCUGGUAAAAAUUCAUGCUAUGCAAAUGAAAAUGUUGCAGGUUGUUUCUACAAACUCAUCAUUAUUUUUUGGGGAUGUUUCUGCAACUUUUUGGAGCAUGAAUGGGAGUUUGCAAUCAGUGUGUGGGUGUAGUUUUUUUUUUUUUUUUUAAAUUCAAGUUUGCUGACGUACUCACGUGUAUCAAUGUGUCUGUGUCAACUGGUGCUGUGUAACUUGUAACCAUUUAGCACGUUUGUAGCUUUUGCAUUUACAUUCAGCGAUUAGCCUCGAGCAAAAAAACAAAAACAAAACAAAAAUGGGCUUGCCACCUGAGCCAAUGUGAUUUUCUUUCUUUUUUUUUUUUUUUUUUUUUUUUUUUUUGGCUACACAUGCGUUUUUUGGAUGCACUGGUCUACAGUUGAAGACAAUGUAAACAGUGUAGUGUAGUGUAUUGCUCUUUGCUUGAGGAAAUGAAGCAUGCCAUUCGCUCCUGGUGCGUGAAGGACUCUUGCAGUCCAUCUGGUGCUGUCUUUUUCCCGCAAUGCUUUUUAGUUGCUGUUUUUUGUUUUGUUGUUGUUGUUUUUUUUUUUUAAGAAAAAAAAGCUAGUGUCCUUAGCUUGAGCUGUUUCAUUUUCCUGAAUUAUAACAAAAUAAGACAGAGUCUCUGCUUUGGGCUCAGAGGCUCCAUUAGAAUGAUAUAUAAUUCUAUACAGUAUAUUUUUUCUUUGUGUCUCUUAUAUCAACUGUCAAGUAUAUACGGUACCAUGUGAAUAUGAUAUAUAUUUUCUUUGUAUGCAUACAUUAUAUUAUGACUAUUUUUGCACUGACCUAUGGACAAAUGGAUUUAUUUUUCUCCACAAAGGGUGCUAUUAUAACGGAGGCCUUCUCCCUCACCUUUUUGCAUGACUUGCUCUAAAUUCUUUAACUUGUCCGACAACCCUCUUCUACGGCUACCCCUUGAACAGUUACCACUGAAGCACUGUAAUUUUGUAAUCUCUACUUGUGAGCUUUGAAAAUAAACAGGGAGGCUUCGA